AUGAUAUGCAAUCCAUCAUCUACUUUUCGUUUGAUUUUACUGUCUAGUAUUGUCAACUCACUUUGUUUAUUUCCUAACUCAGAAGUGAACUGCAUUACGUCUACUACUACUACUACUACUACUACUACUACUACUACUACUACUACUACUACUACUACUACUACUACUACUACUACUACUACUACUACUACUACUACUACUACUACUACUACUACUACUACUACUACUACUACUACUACUACUACUACUACUACUACUACUACUACUACUACUACUACUACUACUACUACUACUACUACUACUACUACUACUACUACUACUACUACUACUACUACUACUACUACUACUACUACUACUACUACUACUACUACUACUACUACUACUACUACUACUACUACUACUACUACUACUACUACUACUACUACUACUACUACUACUACUACUACUACUACUACUACUACUACUACUACUACUACUACUACUACUACUACUACUACUACUACUACUACUACUACUACUACUACUACUACUACUACUACUACUACUACUACUACUACUACUACUACUACUACUACUACUACUACUACUACUACUACUACUACUACUACUACUACUACUACUACUACUACUACUACUACUACUACUACUACUACUACUACUACUACUACUACUACUACUACUACUACUACUACUACUACUACUACUACUACUACUACUACUACUACUACUACUACUACUACUACUACUACUACUACUACUACUACUACUACUACUACUACUACUACUACUACUACUACUACUACUACUACUACUACUACUACUACUACUACUACUACUACUACUACUACUACUACUACUACUACUACUACUACUACUACUACUACUACUACUACUACUACUACUACUACUACUACUACUACUACUACUACUACUACUACUACUACUACUACUACUACUACUACUACUACUACUACUACUACUACUACUACUACUACUACUACUACUACUACUACUACUACUACUACUACUACUACUACUACUACUACUACUACUACUACUACUACUACUACUACUACUACUACUACUACUACUACUACUACUACUACUACUACUACUACUACUACUACUACUACUACUACUACUACUACUACUACUACUACUACUACUACUACUACUACUACUACUACUACUACUACUACUACUACUACUACUACUACUACUACUACUACUACUACUACUACUACUACUACUACUACUACUACUACUACUACUACUACUACUACUACUACUACUACUACUACUACUACUACUACUACUACUACUACUACUACUACUACUACUACUACUACUACUACUACUACUACUACUACUACUACUACUACUACUACUACUACUACUACUACUACUACUACUACUACUACUACUACUACUACUACUACUACUACUACUACUACUACUACUACUACUACUACUACUACUACUACUACUACUACUACUACUACUACUACUACUACUACUACUACUACUACUACUACUACUACUACUACUACUACUACUACUACUACUACUACUACUACUACUACUACUACUACUACUACUACUACUACUACUACUACUACUACUACUACUACUACUACUACUACUACUACUACUACUACUACUACUACUACUACUACUACUACUACUACUACUACUACUACUACUACUACUACUACUACUACUACUACUACUACUACUACUACUACUACUACUACUACUACUACUACUACUACUACUACUACUACUACUACUACUACUACUACUACUACUACUACUACUACUACUACUACUACUACUACUACUACUACUACUACUACUACUACUACUACUACUACUACUACUACUACUACUACUACUACUACUACUACUACUACUACUACUACUACUACUACUACUACUACUACUACUACUACUACUACUACUACUACUACUACUACUACUACUACUACUACUACUACUACUACUACUACUACUACUACUACUACUACUACUACUACUACUACUACUACUACUACUCAGUUUAUUAUGUGUGAAGGACUUGUGGAGGAGUCUCUGUUGCAAUUGACCUUGAAUAUUUAUUCCUUUUAUUUUAUAAGAAUGGUGUAG